AUGCCAUCACCCCCACUUCCUCCAAUGCGUCGGAUCGUCACAGCACACGAUGACCAAGGCAAAGCUGUGGUGGCCCAUGAUAGUCAGAUCUAUACCGAAAUUCUACCCCAUGUCGCUGGCUCAGUGCACAUCUGGUCCAGUGACACGAGUCCAGCUGACGUUGCAUCACCAGAAGACAAGGCUCUCGCCGAAACAGGUUUCGUCAACAACGGCUCAAUUUUCCGCAUCGUGAACUUGCCUCCACGGAGCAUUGGCGCGCUUCACCGCUCUAUUUCCCUCGACUACAUUAUCAUACAGCAAGGCCAGGUGGUGCUCUCGUUGGACAAUGGAUCAAAGACGAGACUUAGAGCUGGAGAUGUCGUCGUGCAGCAAGCUACUAUGCAUGGAUGGGAGAAUGAGACUGAUGAGUGGGCUCGCUUGCUUGCUAUCAUGUUACCCGCCGUGGCCCCUGUGGUCGGUGGGAAGGAGAUGCAGACGGAUCUUGCUGCGUUGUUCGAGUCUGGGUAA